UCAGUCAAUGAAAUUCCUUCGCCGAACACGGAUCGGGAGCGAAUUCCCGUGACGUCACCGUGGCUUCGUCGGCCAAUGGCAUGCAUCGCCCCGUUGCGAUCGAUAAACGACGUGGGGCAACAUAUGGGGCCGGAAAAAUGGUCUUUACAAUACGUGGGGCCCGGAAAAUGAAGGUUUCCCUGCCGGUGUUCGUCCUGGGGGUGUUGGCGGGGGCUGCGGUCUGCCCUGUGGAGUCCGUCGGGGCCCGAGUUAUGAGCGACUUAAAAUAUCUGGAGCACCUUAACGACUUGGACGUGAGGAACGUGGAACCUGAACUGGACGACAUCCACCAGCAGUGGCCGUUCGUGAGCAUAGCGAGGCCCGUUGAGGAGGAUGAGCAGGAGCGAGAGGAGGAGGAGGAACAGGAGGGAGUGGGACAGAAGUACAUCGACCCGGAGAGUCUUUUACAGGCCGCCGUGCUGACCAGACUUGAGCUCGGAAACAAACACUCGCAGAACUUCCGGGAGAUGGUGUUCGACCGUAUGGACGAGGGUUUAAGGCAGAUGAAGGACAACUCGGAGCGUGGGGACCACCUGAGCCAGUACAGACGCUACAAACCGUUCGAGCAGGACAAUCUCGAGGAGGCCAGGAUGUACCCGGACAAAAACGAGGAAGAACCGAGGUUCAGCAACGACGAUACGGCCUACUUGAACACGGAUCCGUAUUUCGUCGACGAGGAAGCGGAGGAGGAGGAGGAGGAGGAGCGACACCGUCUGCCCUUUCCUCGGCCGUUUUUUCCUCGGAUAGCCCCCGUGGAGACACCCACUUUUGGAGACACCUUCCUGGGAACUUUGGAGGAAGAGGAGCAGCAGCCGGAUGAGCCAGAAACCUCUCAGAAAGAAGUCGUAGUAGAAAGUCACAAGCCGAAGUUUCAUCAGCUGCUGUUCCCCCGGAUCGCCCCCGUGGACAUUCACGAGAAUUACAAGAUAGACGACAUCGGAGGGUUCGGUGGUAAGCAUGAGGCGCACGACCGUGAUGAGUACAAGUUCAAGGAGGGCGAGGAGUUCCCGGAAAUCGUGAAGUUCGAUGAAGUUCCCGUAGUCCAGGACCUGAGCGAGUUUGGGGUGAAACCGGACGACCCCAGGUUUUACCGGGAUGCCGAUAAAACUGAAGAGAAAACUUCCACUGCAAAGAUUGAGGACCCGGUGCACCCGUAUAUCCUGAACAGCGCCUACAUAUCCAAAGCAAAAGCCAGCAAAGACUUCCAGAAGGAGAGCCCCACUGACCAAAUGGACAACCGGGAGGUGCAAGUAGUACCAGUCAAGCCCGACCAAGAGGAAGACAGCGCUGGGGUCUACAUUAUCGCUAUCGUCGCUGGAAUUAGCGCUGCCGCCACUGUGGGGCUGAUGGCCGUCGGGAUCGGAUGGUACAACUUACAGAAGCACAUGAAGAACGCCGAGGACACGGACUAUCCGUCCUACGGGAUAGUGGGGCCCAACAAGGACUACGAGAAGAAGAACAGGGAUGAGGCGGGAGACAGGAAGCUCGCGCAGUCGGCUCAGAUGUACCACUACCAGCACCAGAAGCAGCAGAUUAUCGCCAUGGGGAGAAACACCCAGGGCCACGGAUCCCAGUCCGAUACGGAUGAAGAGGAGGACGAGGAGGGCAAUUAUACCGUAUACGAGUGUCCUGGACUUGCUUCCAUCGAGGGUCCGUUGGAGGUGAAGAACCCGAUGUUCGACGACGACCAACUGCUCGCCACCCCCUCCCAAACCCCUUCCAGGCCUGAGGAUCAACACUAAGCCGGCCGAAACGUACUUCUUUUGCACAAGAUGAUUAUUUUUUAUUAAUAUUAAUUAUUUAAUGUGCCAAAAAAGUAAGGAAUAUAUAAAUGUUCUCAAAGCAGCAAGAGGAGGUUUUUUUUAAUUCGGUGAGGUUCCUUACUUUUCUUGGCCCAAAUCAAUCGUAUCUAAUUAUCAUUAAUAUUAAUGGAAGUAGAUUUAGUGGUGAAAUAACACACACACACACUCGUUGUAACCGAGUCUCACGUAUAAUUAAUUAGAGUAACGUAGAUAUGUAUGCUCGUCCGCCAUUUUGUUUCCAAUAUGGCGUUUUUUUGUUUGGUUAGGGUUACAUUUAAAAACCAAAAUGGCGGAUGGGGAUCCUCAUAUAGAGCUGUAGUAGAUUAUAAAUGUUAAUGAUUAUAUGUUCCUUUAUCAAAUAAAGUUUAUUUAAUAAAAUUUUAUACGGGGUGUCCCUUGUUAAGGCAGUAUGAAUCGAUAUGGCUGUACGACUGACGGUAGAUUUUUUUAUUAAAAGGGACUCCUAUAAGCUUCUUAUAGAAUAUGUACAUUAAGAUUUAUUUUGGAAUAUUCUAGAAUUAUACAGGGUCCGCUUAAAGAGUUCAAAUUUAAAUAGAGUCAAUUAAAUAUUGUUUUUUUUUUACGUAAAAUAAUGAGCCAGCAGACAUAUCUCUCUUGCAGAACCGGGGUGUGGUAAUAAACUGAUUUUAUUUUAGGUUUUAAGAUGACCAAUUUUUGUUAGUCUACUCCGUUUAAUAAAUUAUUUGGACGUA